AUGGAUGAAUAUAAUAGAAUUACUAGUGUAUUUUGGACAGAUCCUCAUAGCAGAGCUGCAUGUGAGGAAUUUGGUGAUGUCGUCUCUUUUGACACCACCUACUUGACAAACAAGUACGACAUGCCAUUUGCUCCAUUUGUAGGAGUUAACCAUCAUGGACAAUCCAUUCUACUUGGUUGUGGAUUGCUCUCAGCUGAGGAUACUUUGUCAUUUGUAUGGUUAUUCAAAUGUUGGCUAAGAUGCAUGGGAAACAAGGCGCCUUACAGUAUUGUAACAGAUCAAUGUAAGGCGAUGGCAAAUGCAAUUGAAGAUGUCUUCCCUAAAACAAAGCAUAGGUGGUGUUUGUGGCACAUCAUGAAAAAGAUACCUGAAAAAUUUCAAGGGUAUAACAAUUAUGUUGGGAUCAAGUGUGAUAUAACAUCGGUUGUCUAUGACUCUGGUAAUGCAACAGACUUUGACAUUGGCUGGAAACGACUACUUACCACACAUGGGUUACAAAAUAAUGAAUGGCUAUGUAAUCUGUAUGAAGAGAGACAAAAAUGGGUCCCUUGUUACUUGAAGAAUCAUUUUUGGGCUGAUAUGUCCACAACUCAAAGAAGUGAGGGAAUGAAUGCUUUCUUUGAUGGAUUUAUCAAUUCCAGUACCACACUUCAACAGUUUGUGGUUCAAUGUAAUAAGAAACUACUUUCUGGAUCGAUUGCUGAUUCUUUGAAGCAUAAGUGGAAUGUUGUUGUUUUGCAGCUUUGGGCGUAUGAACGGCUUGUUUUGCAUGAUGAUGGUUCUCGCAAGGAAUUUCCGCGCCCGACUGAGGAAAAACUGAGAACAAACAACCUCAAGAUAAGAAAAGUCAGAGAUGAAAUUGCGGCUAUUAGGAAGAUGAAGAAGAUGAACAACCUAGCAGAUGACAAACCUGCUUCUACAACGUUGUAA